CUCUUCCCAUGUUGACUAACUCGGACGAGGCCUUCUCGACAUGAUCCGCCCACAUCUUUCGGCAAAAGCAUAUGGCACUCUCAUAUGUUACUCAACUCGUCUUAUCAAAUCUGGAGCGUUUGGCGUAGCGUGGCAGCGUGUUUUUAUUUUGCAUUUUUUUUUGGGGGGCCCCAAAUUACAAGGGCGCAGGGGGGGUCAUCUCAUAUCUAUCUAUCUAUCUGGUUUUGUUUUCUUCUCUUAUACUGGGCAAAUGGGGCAUCUUUGAACGACAUUGACGAAUAUUUUCUUCGUGUAUAUGCGGGUAGCACGGAUGGGUUCAGCAGGGAGGUCUUGGUACGCCCCCUUUUUUUGAGACGACGACUGCGUGGGCAGCGUGGUAGUAUUUGUCUUCACCGAUCACUUGGUGUGCUGUGGUAGUCUAGUGAUCAAAUCAGAGGAACAUGCUAGUUUCAACGCUCCCACAUGGAUGGCUUGUCUUGGGUCGUGCUUGGGUUUGCAGAAAGUUCAUGGACUUGCGAAUGUCUUCCUACAUGU